CAAAAUAAUAACAAAAGAAAAUCAAAAUUUUGGUAAUCUUUUGUAAAAUAAAUAGGAGAUAAACAAUAAUUCAAUUUUAGUAAUAUUUAAAUAUUUACUGUUAAUUAUGUCAAAUAUCACAAAGAAUAUUCUUAUGGAAAGUACAAAAAAACGCUUAAAAGAAUUAUUUUGUUUAAUGGAUAGUGAUAUUGAUGGUUAUUUAGAUUACUAUGAAAUGAAAGCUGCAUUAAAAGCUUUAGGUUUCCCAGUAAAAAAAUCUUAUAUUUUAAGUAUGAUACGAAUGUACGACAAGCGUGGUUAUAAUAAAAUUUGUUUUAAUGAUUUUUAUUAUAUCGUAACAGAAAUGUUAAUUAAGCGGAAUCCUAUAGAUGAAAUUAAAUAUGUUUUUAAGUUAUUUAUAAACAAAUCUUCAAUUAAUAAAAUAACAUUGGAAGAUUUACAGAAAUUUAAUCAAAAACUUAAAUGUAAUCUAAUUAAUGAAGAAAUGGAACUUAUGAUAAAAGAAUUUGAUUUAGAUCAAGAUGGUUCUAGUAAAAAGAUCUUUUAUUUUAGAUUAAUUACAUUGAUAAAAUUUUUAUUUAUUAUCAUAACAUAUUUAUUUGAUCAAAGUGAAUUUAUGGAUAUUAUGAUGGAUUUUACAAUUUAA